ACUGUCUUCGCCGCUCAAAAGCUUAAACCCUCUCUCUCUCUCUCUCUGAAAACUUAAACCCUAGGCAAAACCCAGCAGCGCCAACUCCGAUGAACAGGGCCAAGAAGCGAGGCGGCGGCGGCGGCGGAGGAGGCGGAGGCAGAGGCAGAGGCUCAGGUCCCAAGGGAGCUAAAAAGGGAAAGAGGCAGCCCUCCUUCAAAGAAGACCCGUUUUUCACCAACGAAUCGAAGAAGCGGCUCAAAUACGACGAGGACAUUCGCAGCGACGAGUCGUCCGAUGAAGAAGACCGAAACGACGCCGUCCUCGGUAGCGGCGACGAGGAGUUGGAGGCGGCGGAGGAGAUCAUAGAGGAGACUCCCGGGGAGAAGAAGCUGAGGCUGACGAAGGAGUAUCUGAAGAGGCUGGGAGAGCAUGAGAGGAAGAAGAAAGAGGAUGUGGAUGACGAUAGCGAUGACGACAGCGAGAAGGAAGGGGAGAGAGACUCGCUUGUGGCUAAGGUCUUGCAGCAGCAGCAGCUCCAGGACAGCGGCCGCCUCCGCCGCUCCAUUGCUUCUAGGGUUCAGAAGCCUGAAGCUACUGAUGAAUUUCGGAUCUUAGUGAAGCAUCGCCAAUCUGUCACCGCGGUUGUUCUCUCUGAGGAUGACUUGAGAGGUUUUUCAGCAUCUAAGGAUGGCACGAUUUUGCAUUGGGAUGUAGAUAGUGGGAAAAAAGAGAAGUAUCAGUGGCCCAGCGACGAAGUAUUAAAGUCCCAUGGGGUCAAGGAUCCACUAGGUCAAGCUACAAAGCAUAGCAAACAAAUGUUAGCCCUUGCAGUUAGUUCUGAUGGCCGGUAUUUGGCUAGUGGAGGAUUAGAUCGCCAUGUUCAUUUGUGGGAUACUCGUACCAGACAACAUGUUCAGGCUUUUCCAGGUCACAGGGGACCUGUAUCAUGUUUAACUUUCAGGCAAGGGAGUUCGGAACUCUUUUCUGGUUCAUAUGAUCGAACAAUUAAGAUAUGGAAUGCAGAAGAUAGAACUUACAUAAAUACAUUAUAUGGUCACCAAGGUGAAGUAUUAUCUAUGGAUUGCCUACGGAAAGAACGGCUUUUGACUGUUGGACAUGAUCGAAGCAUGAUGUUAUUCAAGGUUCCAGAGGAGUCACGUUUAGUUUUCCGUGCCCCUGCAUGCUCAUUGGAGUGUUGCUCUUUUAUUAGCAAUGAUGAAUUUUUAUCCGGCUCUGAUGAUGGAAGUGUUGAGCUCUGGACCAUGCUGCGAAAGAAGCCUGUAUGCAUAGUUAAGAAUGCUCAUCCUGUAUUGACUGCACACAAAGAUGUUGAACAAAAGGAUGGUGAUAGAGUCCCCAAUGGUCACAUAGAAAGCUAUGAUUGUUCAUCAACAUAUUCUUGGAUCAGUUCAGUCACUUCUUGUCGAGGCAGUGACCUUGCCGCAUCAGGAGCUGGAAAUGGCUUUGUUCGUUUAUGGUCUAUUGAAAGUGAGAGCAAUGCCAUCAAGCCCUUACACAAUCUCCCCGUGGUUGGAUUUGUUAAUUCUUUAGCUAUUGCGAAAUCUGGAGGCUUUCUAGUCGCAGGAGUUGGAAAGGAACCUCGACUAGGAAGGUGGGGACUUAUCCCAACUGCUCAGAAUGGAGUCGCAAUCCACUCCCUGAAGCUUUCAGCAGAUACAAAUUAGCGUUAGCUCCAAACUUAAAAGAGUACCAAAUGUUUUGCAUCUCCCAAUUUUGACUACCAUGAGAUUACGAGGAAUGAAACAAUGUUUGUUUUGUUCAAAGUUACCUGAGUUUGGCUUUCAUUCUUGUUGUACUGUAUCACCUAUGUAAACCU